AUCAGAAGAAGAAGGUCUCGUUUGCACGAACCUCGAGCUCGGAGCACGGGAGGACGUACCUGAUUGAUCGCAAAACGCCACCUGUCGCGAUCAAAGAGAAGGCGUGGCAGACGACUCGAAGGUUGGGUUGGUGGACUCGUUGAGGGAAGGGGAUGUCUGUCGUGUUUGUAUGUGGUUCUGUGGUCGACUUGAUGUGUUUGUAUUUUGCUCACAGGGUCAUCCUGGGGGAGGGUUUGCAGUGCUGGUCACCGCUGCUGAAAUUGUCCCGAACAUUUCUUGCUUGUAUACUCUAUGGUUUCUCUUGGAUAUCGGCAUACCGAUCCUCUGCCAGGGAGAGGAAGGCGACGUUAGUUUGCUACUUGUAGCAAAUAUUAGCAUACCUGGGAGGAAUUCCAACGCUUUCCCCAUUGGCUUUUUUGGUUGUGAUGAAGGCAGGCGAAGACACCAUGGUUCUCUCUCUCUCUACCUUUCAGCUCGAAAACCUGGGACAUUUCAAAUGUCAUUCCAGCACAGCACCAGCGAGGCUGCCCGAGCGAAGGAUCGCAUUGGGAAGUAUGCUGGACAAUCAAACGUGGCACCAAGUAGCAUCUAACUCGAUCAUCUUGGAUCCGAAGAGAUCGAAGAUCACGGCGGCGCAUUUGCCGAAAUCGGGACAUAGGCGGGAAGCGUACACGCUCCCUGUACCAUAAAUGCGUCCUGGGUGCUCAACAAGAGAGGCGCUCCGUCUCCCGGUCUGACUGGAAAUGGACCAG